GCAUGGCUGAAGCCCACCAGGCCGUGGCCUUCCAGUUCACGGUGACUCCGGAAGGCAUCGACCUGCAGCUGUCCCACCAGGCCCUCACAGAGAUCUACCUCUCAGGCCUGCGCUCCUGGAAAAAGAAGUUAAUCCGCCUCAAGGUACUGAACUUGUCUGUAGGCCUGUCGGUCUUUCUUUGAUGUCUGUCUGUCUUUCUCUUUCUUUUGGUAUAUGUCUCUCUCUAACUAGCCUGAAUGUACAUAUUCUCAGUCAAGCUUUCUGGGUUAUCGCUGUUGGUCUUUAUCGCCUGCUUAUCUGUUUCUGUCUGACUCCCUGUCCAUCUAUCUGUCUGUAAGGGGACAAAUUGCUCUGACAUGCUUAAACCUGACCUCCGCUAAGUGUAGGGCCUAGGCUAUCCCUUCAGACUAGCUCUCCGAGUUAACUCUGUCUGCCUUAAUUGCCUGCCUGUACACCUGUCUAUCUGCCUCCCGGUCCAUCUGUCUGUCUGUAAGCCUGUCUGCUCUACUGCACUACCACCUUUUCUUCUGUUUGCCUCUUAAGAUUGGUCCGUCUGUCUUUCUGUCUUCCUCGCUAUGCCUCCCUGUCUUCCUCGCUAUGCCUCCCUGUCUUCCUCUCUAUGCCUCCCUGACUUCCUCUCUAUGCCUCCCUGACUUCCUCUCUAUGCCUCCCUGUCUUCCUCUCUAUGCCUCCCUGUCUUCUUCUCUAUGCCUCACUGUCUUCCUCUCUAUGCCUCCCUGACUUCCUCUCUAUGCCUCCCUGUCUUCCUCUCUAUGCCUCCCUGUCUUCCUCUCUAUGCCUCCCUGUCUUCCUCUCUAUGCCUCCCUGUCUUCCUCUCUAUGCCUCCCUGACUUCCUCUCUAUGCCUCCCUGACUUCCUCUCUAUGCCCCCUGUCUUCCCUCUCUAUGCCCCCCUGUCUUCCUCUCUAUGCUCCCUGGUUAGAUUACAUCACAUGGUUUCUGCACAACAGCAUCCGUACGUCUCUACUAUGCCAUGUCUUGGAUGUGUAUAAUAAUCAUAUCACAAAUGGCAAAAGGGAACAUACUGCUCUGACACUCUUAAAUGUCAUGCUGUUCAGCAGAGGUCAGGUUUAACGUCACAGUACUGCUGAAUGGUAGAGAGCUAGAAUGUAAACGGCCAGCAGCGUCACAUUUAUCGAAUCUGUUUGGGUAAACAUGCCCUCCGGGUGCCCACGUUAGUACCAACACAUGCACACGCGCUGUGUUUGUCACAACUCAAUGCCGGCAUGCAUUCAUCCCUGUUCUGUUCUUCUCCAUCUUAACUUUGACGGUGUCUCUGUCUGUCCCGUCACUAGUGCUGGAGAUAAGCUUGGGGAGAUUGUGGGGUUUUGCUUUUAAAAUCAGGCCAAGUUCCGUAGUAGUAGCUGCUAAGAUCAUUAUCCAACGCCCUCGUUGAAUAAUAUGCGGUGUUGACAUGGCUGGGAAGUUGAUUGGGUUUUGAAUGGGUGUCAUGGGUUGUGUUCAUUAGGGCAUGCAACGUAAAACGAAAAUGAUUAAAGUAUGUAUUUUUUUGUCCAUAAAGUCCUUCCCUUUUUCAGUUAGUUUUCUUCCGCCUUAAUGACCAAACUCUUGUCCCCUCUUCCCCAACAGAAUGGUGUGAUAACAGGGGUGUACCCCGCCAGUCCCUCCUCCUGGCUGUUUGUGGUCAUCGCCAUCCUGGCCACCAUGUACAUGCGCUCCGACCCCUCCAUGGGUCUCAUCGCCAAGAUCCAGGAGCACCUACCUGUCAGGUAGCUAGCACCAGCAACCAACCGUGCACAGACACUCCACUGUCUUCAAAGUCUAUAAAUAUCGCUUAAAGACUGGUAUUGAAAUAAAAUAUUUCCCUUUUCUCAGAUGUUUUCACCAAAUCAUUUAAAUCUUUCUCUCUCUCCUCUUUCUCCUCUCUCUGACCCGCUCCCCCUAUUUCUCCCUCCCUCUCUCCCCCUCUUUCAUUCUCUAAUUUAAUUCAUUCCUCCCUCCCAGUCAGUCUCUGAGUGCCCAGUGCCAGACGGUGGUGUCGGCGGUGCUGUUCAGCACGCUGCUCUGGCUCUCCCUCAUCUUCACCAUGCGCAUGUGCCUCAAGCAGCUGCUCUCCUACCACCGCUGGAUGUUCGAGCAGCGCGGCAAGAUGUCCAACACCACCAAAGUCUGGGUGGUCAGUACCUCUCUUCCUCACCUUCUCCUGUGUGUGUGUGUACACCGUGCAUCUGUAGAGAUUCCUGCCAACAAUUGAAAAUCAAAUCAUUGUAUUUGUCAUAUGCACACAAUACAGCUUAGUGUACAUUGUACAAUGAAAUGCUUACUUGCAAGCUCUCCUCUCAAUUAGUUUUGUCUAAAUUAUCUUUCUACCUCAUUGCAAUCAGUGUAAAAAGUGAUUAGAUAGAUUGGAAAAGAAUCACCCUGCUAGCUAGAUUAAAAGCUGUAGUAUUUCAAGGUGGUUGUAGGAGAGCUUGAGAAAGCGGCUGCAUUUUACCCCCGGACUCCGGCUGACUGUGUGUGUGUGUGUGUGUGUUAUAGGCGCUGGUGCGGAUCUUCUCAGGCAGACAGCCUCUGCUCUACAGCUACCAGGGCUCUCUGCCAAACCAGCCUGUGCCGGCCGUCAAAGACACGGUCAAGAGGGUGAGACACUGAAUUUCAAUAAAGAUUGAAUUGAAUUUUACAAAAGCGUUUACAAAAGAUACAACGUAUCUGCUCACCAGAUAUUCACACUUGACAAAGACUAACCUAACGUAGCACUGAAACGCCUGAAACUACAUCCCCUAUAUACUGGUCUUGACGAGAAGGAAAAAAACUGUUGGGAGGUUCUCUUUUGCACUGUUCAACCAACCCAGUAAAUGUGGAGGAGGAGUUAAGAUGGAGUGUCGCUUUGUUAAUGUCCAAAAGCGGAAGUUGCAUCACAGGCUCUCUUUCUGUUUCCCCUGAAACCCGGAACUUCCGGUUGUUGGGACCUCUAGACAAAGACAAACGCAUGUUGGAAGUUGCCAUCAUCUCUCCCUCCGCUCGCUUGAUUUCUCUCUCUCUCUCUACACCUCUCUCUCUCUCUCUCUCUCUCUCUCUCUCUCUACACCUCUUCACCUCUUUCUCUCUCUCUCUCUCUGUCUCUCUACACCUCUCUGUCUCUCUCUCUCUCUCUCUCUCUCUCAGUAUUACUGAACUUCUAACACUCCAUUAUACUCCCAUCACACGUUAGUUACAUUCCCUCUGUGCAUUCAGUUUUGUUGUAUGUGGGAUAAUGUUCUGUGUCAACUGCAUAAUGUUAUAAUGAUGUAUAUAGUAGUAUAAUGUUCUGUGUGUUUAAUGUUCACCUCUCUCCGUUUCUCUGCAGUAUCUGGAGUCGGUGCGGCCGCUGAAGACCCCUGAUGAGUUUGAACGCAUGACGUCGCUGGCCACUCAGUUUGAGAGCAGCCUGGGGAACCGGCUACAGUGGUACCUCAAACUCAAGGCUCUCUGGGCUUCCAACUACGUAAGUAACCCCCUAUAUGUACACUUUGGCUAUGGCUGUGUCCAAAAACGUUACGAGCUGUCGAAUCCUUGCUUCCUCUGGCCUUCCUUAUUGGAGGAGGUCUGAUGGAGGAUUCUUGGAUCCUCUCCUCCAAUGAGCUUUAAGAGAGCAGGAGGUGAGACAAAGGUCGGAGGAAGCAAAGAUUUGACGGCUGGUAAUGUUUUAAGUCAUUGAUGACAAUAGAUGCGCAUAAAAAAAUCUCAUGAACAAUGUAGAUCUUUGUCGGAGGCCAUUUUGAAUUAUUCAUUGUAAUGGAUGUGAUGAGGGUGUGUGAGGGCUGUGGCCCUGGACAGGAUGUUGCGUGGUUGUGUCACAGAGGAUUUCUAUGGGGUGUAUUCAUUAGGGUACUUCGUAAAAAAAACAUUUUGGAAUGGAUCAAGAAAACAACCAUUUCUUAUUGGACAACAUCAGAUGGUACCUCCCUGUUGUCCAUUUUGUGUCUACUGAACACGUCCCUGGUGGUGUGUUUUUCCCUUUCAGGUGAGCGACUGGUGGGAGGAGUACAUCUACCUGAGAGGACGGAGCCCUAUCAUGGUCAACAGCAACUACUACGGCAUGGUACGUAUCAACAAAUUAUCGAAUACUCCCCACGUUCUGUCUGCUAAUAGCUGAGGUGUGUUCAGUGAGGUGAAACGUUCACAACGUUGCAGAUAGAAAUGGAAUAAAUAGAGCAAACACGAUUCCCUAUUCUACUUGAACGAUGACCAUGGUUUGGUCCAUUAAACAACAUAUAUAUUUAUAACAGUACCCCUACAGUCCAAAAAGCACUUGAUAAACUUGAAAUACUCUCAAAUAAAUCAUUGCCACCUUUCAUGGAAAUGGGGAAGGCGUUUCACAUACUAAUAGUAUUUUCUGGUUUGUCACUAGCAAUGCUUAUUUGCGUUGUCAAGACGGUCACUCUCCCUUUCUCUCACACGCUCUGUCUCUCCCCCUCUCUCUCCCCAGGACUUCUUGUAUGUGACGCCCACCCCCAUCCAGGCUGCCAGGGCAGGCAACACCCUCCAUGCCUUCCUCAUGUACCGCAGGAAGCUCAACAGAGAGGAGCUCAAGCCUGUGAGUUCAACAACCAGUCAACCUCCACCAUUAACGCGUGAUAGGGCCUGGAGUUUUACCUGGGUCAUAUUCAUUAGGGCACGCAAUGGAAAACGUUUAAAAACGUUUUACAAUAUAAUAUACUUUUUUUAAAGUCCAGAUAGUCCUCCCUGUUUCUGUCCAUUUUCUUCCAUUUGAUGCCCAAUGAAAAACUGAGCCCUAUGCAUGAAAAUACCAUUGGCCUUUGAACGUCAUGCAUUGUUCAGUGAAUACCAUAUAUAAUUCAUGGUAUUGCCUCGAUGGCUGCUGUGUGAUCACGGUAGGUUUGGUGCACCAAUCAGCAAGCUUCAUUUGACUACUAGGGGUGUGCCGAGUAGUCAGACAAAAGAGGUAUCAUAACGGAUAUGGGCAAUUUUCUGGAUACGAUUAUGAUCAGAGUAUUUUUUUUGAUCGGAGGGUGUUUUUUUGGAGUGCCAGCAAGCAUCUUUCUCCUGUCAGCCAAUCAGAGUUUCUAAACCAUACUGUCUUUGAGUCAGUCAUGUGCAUAGUCUAAAUAACAGGCUAGUUUGCCUUUCUGUACAGAUCAGGGCGGGCUGUAUGUUGAUGCUGCUGCUCUGAUUGGAAUAGAGUGAACCUGUAUUUUCACCGUCCACUCGCUUCAUAAUUUCACCCGAGCACUUUUCCUCGCAGGUUUUCGGUCUGAUCAUUUAGAUUGCUGCUGCCUGCUACUAUGAUACAUCACAAGGCGAGGACGUUUGCUAUCAAUGUGCGUAAUAUCUAACAAGUGGGGCAAGGGUAGGGGGAAAAUAUAUGAAACGCUAAUGCCCAUUCUGACUGAGUUUUUUGCAGUGACAGCGUGCAGGGAGGUAUUUUGCCAACAUCUAUUUAGGCAUAUUAAAACACUUUUUUCCGAUCCGACUAGCAACUGACAACUUACGGAUACGAGUAUGGCCAUGUCGGCACACCCCUAAUCAAAACCCUCUAAACUCAUUUUACAUAUGGGCCUGUGCCAAGGUGUGUACAUGUUUUUAUUGUGAUUACUUUUAAAUACAUACCGAUCUAGGAAAGAUGUGUUGAGUAUGAACUCAUCCAUGUGUGUUUGUCUGUUUACAUUUUGAGUGUGUGCUGGUGUGGACUGAUCAUGUUCGUGUGUGAGCUGCAUCAAUCCAUCCGUCCAUUUUGUUAUAGCUCCCUCCGUGUGUAGAGGUUUGAUUUUCCAGUUUAUUUGAAACCCAUUCCCUCUCAUGGUCUCAUACCAUCCCCAUCUCUCCUCCCUACCCCCACACUCUGUACCUUCCCUUGGCCUUUCUUUCUCUCUUUUCUUUUCCUGUCCUUCUCCCUCUGAUCUGAACUCUCGCUCUGUGGUCUGAACUCUCGCUCUCUCUCGCUCUCUGGUCUGAACUCUCGCUCUCUCUCUCUCUCUCUCUGGUCUGAACUCUCACUCUCUCUCUCUGGUCUGAACUCUCACUCUCUCUCUCUGGUCUGAACUCUCGCUCUCUCUCUGGUCUGAACUCUCGCUCUCUCUCUGGUCUGAACUCUCGCUCUCUCUCUGGUCUGAACUCUCGCUCUCUCUCUGGUCUGAACUCUCGCUCUCUCUCUGGUCUGAACUCUCGCUCUCUCUCUGGUCUGAACUCUCGCUCUCUCUCUGGUCUGAACUCUCGCUCUCUCUCUGGUCUGAACUCUCGCUCUCUCUCUGGUCUGAACUCUCGCUCUCUCUCUGGUCUGAACUCUCGCUCUCUCUCUGGUCUGAACUCUCCGCUCCUCUCUGGUCUGAACUCUCGCUCUCUCUCUGGUCUGAAACUCUCGCUCUCUCUCUGGUCUGAAACUCUCGCUCUCUUCUGGUCUGAACUCUCGCUCUCUCUCUGGUCUGAACUCUCGCUCUCUCUCUGGUCCUGAACUCUCGCUUCUCUAUGGUCUGAACUCUCGCUCUCUCUCUGGUCUGAACUCUCGCUCUCUCUCUCUCUCUGGUCUGAACUCUCGCUCUCUCUCGCUCUCUGGUCUGAACUCUCGCUCUCUCUCUCUCUCUCUGGUCUGAAACUCAUUCCUCUGUGUGCAGCUCAGUGUGAGAGGAUGUUCAACACCACACGCACUCCUGGAGAGGAGACCGGUAAACACAUAUGUAGAGUCAUCUACAUCAAUACACACUUCUGAACACAGUACCUGUAUGUACAAUACAUGCCUCGCGUUCAAAGCACACAUUAACACAGACCUAUAGGUUUUACUGUACACAUAUCAGUAGCCAUUCAAAUAAGACAGUGCUUUUCAAACUUUUUUACUCAAGCCCCCCUUUCAUCAUGGAGGAAGGGUUAUUUGGAGAGGGUAGCCAUACCAUAACUGACUGGACAUUUGCAGUAAUGUGUGUGGUCUCCUGUCCAUUGCAUGAAGAGAGGGGUGUUUGUACUUCACACAGUCACAAAAUGUCCGCCACAAAACUGGUCUGUCAUCUUUCACUGUCUUUCAUCCUUCCUGUUUCAAGUCUGUUGUCUGUGCCGUCACUCUGGAAAGGGCUUGCCUCUAACUGACUUCUCUUUUAUCUAUCCACUUUUAUAUUUGUUUGGUUCACCUCUUUCCUUUUCAUUAUUCCCACCUGUUCUGUUGUUAUUCCUCUCUUUCCUUUCACUUGGUCCCUUGUUUUUGUCUGUCAUCCCAUUGUUUCCUCUCCUCUAUCCUCCCCAUAUUUCUUUGUUUUUUCUAUCGCUCAGUGGUUGUUGAUGUCUUCGGUUCCUUGCUGUUCCUAUCAGUUUGAGAGGAUGUUUGACUCUUGUCGAAUCCCCGGGACGAUCACAGGUAUUAACACUUCCUCAAUACAUGUAGGUUGCGUCUCAUAUGGCACCCUUUUCCCUAUAUAGUGCACUACUUUUGACCAGGGCCCAUAGGGAAUAUGGUGCCAUUUGGGACACACAAGUAGUAUCCCUGUCCUUGUAUCUCCCAUGUGUUGUGACAUCCCUCUGCAAAGUCCCUGCGUUUACCACCGCGCCAUUGCCCGGUUACAAACAGGAGCCCUUAUUUUAUAAAUCAGUCCAGUAUUUAAUAAUUCCCCACCUGCUUGGUUUAUGUUGACAAUGACAAUGGAUAGCCUGUUUAUAGUGCUCUUCACUAGGUAUUGAAGCGCUUGACUAGGAUUUACUACCCAAUUGUUGUAGUAAAACAUUUACAAGUUAUCAACAAAUCACUUUGAUAUACAGUACCAGUCAAGAGUUUGGACACACCUACUCAUUCAAGGGUUUUUCUUUAUUUUUACUAUUUUCUACGUUGUAGAAUAAUAGUGAAGACAUCAAAACUAUGAAAUAAAACAUGGAUUCAUGUAGUAACCAAAAAAGUGUUAAAUAAAUCAAAAUAUAUUUUAGAUUUUAGAUUAUUCAAAGUAGCCACCCUUUGCCUUGAUGAAAGCUUUGCACACUCUUGGCAUUCUCUCAACCAGCUUCAUGAGGUAUUCACCUGGAAUGCUUUUCCAACAGUCUUGAAGGAAUUCCCACAUAUGCUGAGCACUUGGUGGCUGCUUUUCCUUCACUCUGCAGUCCAACUCAUCCCUACCCAUCUCAAUUGGGUUGAGGUCGGGGGAUUGUGGAGGCCAGGUCAUCUGAUGCAGCACUCUCCUUCUUGGUCAAAAAGCCCUUACACAGCCUGGAAGUGGGUUUUGGUUCAUUGUGCUGUUGAAAAACAAAUGAUAGUCCCACUAAGAGCAAACCAGAUGGGAUGGCGUAUCGCUGCUGAAUGCUGUGGUAGUCAUGCUGGUUAAGUGUGACUUGAAUUCUAAUUAAAUCACUGACAGUGUCACCAGCAAAGCACCAUCACUCCACCACCUCCGUGUUACACGGUGGGAACCACACAUGCGGAGGUCAUCCGUUCACCUACUCUGCGUCUCACAAAGACACGGCGGUUGGAACCAAAAAUCUCAAAUUUGGACUCAUCAGACCAAAGGACAGAGUUCCACCGGUCUAAUGUCCAUUGCUCGUGUUUCUUGGCCCAAGCAAGUCUCUUCUUCUUAUUGAUUGCCUUUAGUAGUGGUUUCUUUGCAGCAAUUCGGCCACGAAGGCCUGAUUCAUGCAGUCUCCUCUGUACAGUUGAUGUUGAGAUGUGUCUGUUACUUAAACUCUGUGAAGCAUUUAUUUGGGCUGCAAUUUCUGAGGCUGGUAACUCUAAUGAACUUAACCUCUGCAGCAGAGGUAACUCUGGGUCUUCCUUUCCUGUGGCGGUCCUCAUGAGAGCCAGUUUCAUCAUAGCGCUUGAUGGUUUUUGCGACUGCACUUGAAGAAACUUUCAAAGUUCUUGAAAUUUUCCGGAUUGACUGACCUUCAUGUCUUAAAAGUAAAGAUGGACUGUCGUUUCUCUUUGCUUAUUUGAGCUGUUCUUGCCAUAAUAUGGACUUGGUCUUUUACCAAAUAGGGCUAUCUUCUGUAUACCAACCCUACCUUGUCACAACACAACUAAUUUGGCUCAAAUGCAUUAAGAAGGAAAGAAAUUCCACAAAUUAACAAGGCACACCUGUUAAUUGAAAUGCAUUCCAGGUGACUACCUCAUGAAGCAGGUUGAGAGAAUGCAAAGGGUGGCUACUGUGAAGAAUCUAAAAUAUAUUUUGAUUUGUUUAACACUUAUUUGGUAAAUAUAUGAUUCCAUAUGUGUUAUUUCAUAGUUUUGAUGUCUUCACUAUUAUUCUACAAUGUACAAAAUAGUAAAAAUAAAGAAAAACCCUUGAAUGAGUAGGUGUGUCCAAACCUUUGACUGGUACUGUAAUUUAAAGCUGAUUUUAGGGACUUGCGUCACAUCGUAUUUGAAUUCCUGGUGGGAAUUAUUAGCUACUGGACGAUUUGCUACCGCUUUAUUUCCCUUUGCUAAAUACACACUCUCAAACCAAAUCUUUCAGUUUAUUGAUUUGAGCUGAAACUACAAUAAGAACCUGCAGAUGUAAGCGCCCUCCAAUGGCCAGAAUUGUAAACCUGUACCAUUGCUUUGUCAUGACUAUAAAAUAUUGUCCCCUACUCUGGCAAUUUGUUUCCCACUUCAAUCUUCUUUUCCAGCCAGCAAACACUGUGAGCAAGUGGGGCUUUUGACAUUGGCAUUACUGAUAUCAAUAUAGGUCCUGUAUUAUUGUUCCGUGAUGGUCAUGUUGAAAGCUCCCUUGUCUACAGCUGGUCCUGUAGUGUCCAGUCAGUUACUCCUUCCUCUGUAGGCUGUCAGUCUCCCUCCCUUUCCUCACCCUCUGCCCCUGUCCAUCUGCUCCAAGGCAUCUGUACUAUAACUCUCUCUCUUCCCUCCCACUUUCUGUCUCUUCCCUCUCUCCCCUUUCUCUCUCUCUCCCUCUUCCCCUCUCUCCCUCUUCCUGUGUGUAGACACGGUGCAGCACUGGCAGGAUAGUGACUAUGUGGCGGUGUACCACCGGGGGCGCUACUUCCGCCUGAGGAUGUACUCGUCUAGCCGGCCGCUGUCACCACGAGAGAUCGAGUCACAGCUCCAGAGGAUCCUGGAUGACCCGUCGCCCCCCUCCCCGGGAGAGGAGAAGCUGGGGGCCCUGACGGCUGGAGACAGGUGAGUCAUAGAUGUUUUGGUAAAUAUACAGUCAACUGAUUGAUAGCAGUGGCUCAAAACAUCCCCUAUGGAAAAUAUCUGGGUUGUGUUCAGUAGGGCACACCAUAGCAAAACCGUUUGCAACGGAAUAUGAAAAAUCGGUCUUCUUAUUGGACAGGUUCCGGUAGUACCUCUCUGUUUCACUCAGUCUGGAAACGUUUUCCACCUACUGAACAUGACCCAGGUCUGUGUGCCUGGCUGUACCUGUCCCUCCUAAGCAAUAUCUUUUGUUUCUCAGAAUUCCCUGGGCUAAGGCCAGGAAGGAAUACUUCAGCUCGGGCGUGAACAAGCGGUCGCUCGACUGUAUCGAGAAAGCAGCGUUCUUUGUGACCUUGGACGAUGACGAGCAAGGCGUGAUGGGAGAAGACUCAGCUGCUAGUCUGGACCGUUACGCCAAGUCCCUGCUCCACGGGAAGUGUUACGACAGGUGAGUCAUCCAGACUAAUGGUUUCCACACUGUUAAGACAUUGUAAGGUAGCUAGUUACCUUUAAAAAAAAAAAAAUAAAGCUUAUUUCCAGCCAUAGAGAUGGAUAGAGGGCGCACUUGCCACAAAGCCAGUUUUAGCAUGUUUCAUUCAUUAUUUUCCUUUAAUACCUCAAUGAAAUAAGGUCUAUCCUCCUCAAUCACUCACAUGGUUCUACCCUUGUUAGAGUUAUCGUUGGUUAUCACAGUUGUGCACACUGUCCUCUUUUUGCCAGGUGGUUUGACAAGUCUUUCUCCGUGGUGAUCUAUAAAAACGGGAAGAUCGGUCUGAACGCUGAGCACUCAUGGGCCGAUGCACCGGUGGUAGCACACUUAUGGGAGGUACGAUAUAACAAUAGAUAGAUGUAUAUGAAUAUACAGAAAACCAGCAGACUCCGGACCUCGUAGGGUAAGAGUUUUUAUUUAUUUUUAUAUCUAAAUAUAUUCCAAACGUAUGUACAAUGUAUAUACCAGGGGUACUCAACUCUUACUCUACGAGGUCCGGAGCCUGCUGGUUUUCUGUUUUACCUGAUGUCCCAGGUCUAAAUCAGUCCCUGAUUAGAGGGAAACAACGAAAAAAUGCAGUGGAACUGGCUUCGAGGUCCAGAGUUAAGUUUAAGGGGUAUAUACAAUAUAUACACUACCGUUCAAAAGUUUGGGGUCACUUAGAAAUGUCCUUGUUUUCCAUGAAAACAUACAUGAAAUGAGUUUGAAUAGGAAAUAUAGCAAAAUGCAUAGGAAAUGUAGUCAUUGACAAGGUUAGAAAUAAUGAUUUUUACUUUCGUCAAAAGAAUCCUCCAUUUGCAGCAAUUACAGCCCUGUAGACCUUUGGCAUUCUAGUUGUCCAUUUGUUGAGGUAAUCUGAAGAGAUUUCACCCCAUGCUUCCUGAAGCACCUCCCACAAGUUGGAUUGGCUUGAUGGGCACUUCUUACGUACCAUACGGUCAAGCUGCUCCCACAACAGCUCAAUAGGGUUGAGAUCCGGUGACUGUGCUGGCCACUCCAUUAUAGACAGAAUACCAGCUGACUGCUUCUUCCCAAAAUAGUUAUUGCAUAGUUUGGAGCUGUGCUUUGGGUCAUUGUCCUGUUGUGGGAGGAAAUUGGCUCCAAUCAAGCGCCGUCCACAGGGUAUGGCAUGGUGUUGCAAAAUGGAGUGAUAGCCUUCCUUCUUCAAGAUCCCUUUUACCCUGUACAAAUCUCCCACUUUACCACCACCAAAGCAGACCAUAACAUUGCCUCCACCGUGCUUGACAGAUGGCAUCAAGCACCUCUCCAGCAUCUUUUCAUUUGGUCUGCGUUUCACAAAUGUUCUUCUUUGUGAUCCGAACACCUCAAACUUCGAUUCGUCUGUCCAUAACACUUUUUUCCAAUCUUCCUCUGUCCAGUGUCUGUUUUCUUUUACCCAUCUUAAUCUUUUCUUUUUAUUGGCCAGUGUGAGAUAUGGCUUUUUCUUUGCAACUCUGCCUAGAACGUCAGCACCCCGGAGUCGCCUCUUCACUGUUGACGUUGAGACUGGUGUUUUGCGGGUACUAUUUAAUGAAGCUGCCAGUUGAGGACCUGUGAGGUGUCAGUUUCUCAAACUAGACACUCUAAUGUAUUUGUCCUCUUGCUCAGUUGUGCACCGGGGCCUCCCACUCCUCUUUCUAUUCUGGUUAGAGCCAGUUUGCGCUGUUCUGUGAAGGGAGUAGUACACAGCGUUGUACGAGAUCUUCCGUUUCUUGACAAUUUCUCGCAUGGAUAGCCUUCAUUUCUCAGAACAAGAAUAGACUGACGAGUAUCAGAAGAAAGUUAUUUGUUUCUGGCCAUUUUGAUUCUGUAAUCGAACCCACAAUUGCUGAUGCUCCAGAUACUCAACUAGUCUCAAGAAGGCCAGUUUUAUUGCUUCUUUAUUCAGCACAACAGUUUUCAGCUGUGCUAACAUAAUUGCAAAAGGGUUUUCUAAUGAUCAAUUAGCCUUUUUUAAAUGAUCAACUUGGAUUAGCAAACACAACGUGUCAUUGGAACACGUUUCCAGCUACAGUAGCCAUUUACAACAUAACAUGUCUAUGACCCGUAUUUCUGAUUCAUUUGUAUGUUAUUUGAAUGGGGAAGAAUGUGCUGUUUCUUUCAAAAACAAGUGACAUUUCUAAUGACCCAUACUUUGAACGUUGUGUUUUAUAUGUAUGUAUGUAUAUAUAUAACCUAUACUGAAUAAAUAAGUUAAUUCAUUUUUCUUAGCGAAUUGUCUGUCUGUUUUCAGUAUGUGUUGGCCACAGACAGUUUCCAGCUGGGGUACAAUGAAGAGGGCCAUUGUAAGGGAGAGGUGGAUGCCUCUCUACCCCGACCUCAGAGACUGAGCUGGGACAUCACCCCAGAGGUGAACCAUCCUUCCUUCUCCUUCCUUUAAUUUCUUCAUCCAUCCAUUUAUCUAUCCAUUCUUUCAAUUAUCCAUCCACAUCCUUUGGAAAUCUCUCCUUGACUAUAGGAAUAUUUUCUGGACAUUGUAAUGCCCAUAUUCUUAAUCGUUCAUUUCAUAACGCAUCAUGCGUGCAUCAUACGAAUGUGUAAUUCCAAUGAGAACACAAAUUCUCUUCCCAUCAAUGUAUAUACAUGUACACCUCAAUGGCCAUGCGCUAAACUCUUCUUUGACACCAAGUGGUCUUAUGAUCCAGUGUUGCCUUUUCCCAUCCUCUCUCUGUCCUAGUGUCAGGAGCAGAUCUCCCAGUCUCUGGGGGUGGCCCAGGCCCUGGCCGAUGAUGUGGACUUCCACGUCUUCUCCUUCCGGGACUUUGGAAAGGGCAGGAUCAAGAAGUGCCGCAUCAGUCCCGACGCCUACAUCCAGCUGGCCCUUCAGCUGGCCUACUACAGGGUGAGGGGACCGCUCGAAGCGGACAUUAACACACGUACACACACGCGUAUACUUUUUUUGUGGUGGGGGAUGACCUAUGCACUAUGUUACUUAGUGUGGCUUCAAUGUAACAACAAUUUAACAUUGGCAAAUGUAAACUAAAGUAAAUGAGCACAAAACAUGAUCGUUUCUGUUGCCUCCUUACAAUCUCUCAUCCCAUCCUUUUCCCCACUCCCCUCUCAGGACAGGGGCAUGUUCUGUCUGACCUACGAGGCCUCCAUGACCCGUCUGUUCAGGGAGGGCCGGACCGAGACUGUGCGCUCCUGCUCCAAUGAAAGCUGUGCCUUCGUCAAAGCCCUGGAGGGAGGAGAGGUAGGGAGCAUGGAAUCUUACUCGGAAUACUUUCUCACAAUACUUCCUCAUAAUAUUUACUCAAUGUUAACUCGUAAAGAAAUUACUCUCCCUCAUCUCUCUUGCUCUUUACCCUUUUUCUCUUUCUGUCCCUCUCCCCCCUUCCCCUCUCUCUCUAACUCCCUCUCUACCCCUAACUCCCUCUCUACCCCUCUCGUCCUAACUCCCUCGCUCGCUCUCUCCCCCCUCUGUCCACCAGGGGGUAGAGGUGUGCAGGAGGCUUUUCCGCCAAGCCUCAGAGAAGCACCAGAACCUGUACAAACAUGCCAUGACCGGCGCCGGCAUCGACAGGCACCUCUUCUGUCUCUACGUGGUCUCCAAAUACCUUGGCGUGGACUCUCCCUUCCUGAAAGAGGUGUGGGUUUUUUUGUGUUGCUUUUCUGUAAGAACAUUUCGAUUCCAUACGACUGACUCAUGGCUCUGUUGUUUUUUUAAGCAGUUCAGUCUUACACAAAUAAAUAAUAAUUAUAUCCAUGAUAUAUAUCAGAAGAUAGUCUUUUUUAAAUAAAUAGUUCCAGAAAACACAGUGGUAUAUAUUAUAAUCAGAGAAAAAUCUGCACUGACAUAUUCAUUUGGCAGUAGUCAGAAACACCUUUUGCGCAACAGCCUUUGUUACAACAACGUUGUAUUAUAAACUGGGUAGUGUGGUUUCUGGAUGCUGAUAGGCUGAAACAGCAUUUCAGCAGUGUGUAUAAUGGACAAUAUACCACAGGUAUGACCCAAAAAUACUUGUUUACUGUUAUAUUUAUGUUGGUAACCAACCAGUUUAUAAUAGCAAUAAGGCACCUCAGGGUUUGCGUUGUGCCUAAGAACAGCCCUUAGCCGUAUAUUGGCCAUAUACCACCUCCUCAGGCCUUAUUGCUUAAUUAUAACAUCAGCCAUGUUUGAUCAUCUCUGUGGUGACAUGUCUAGCUUAGUAGAGUAACAACACUGUCCCUGCCUGUGUUGUCCCAGGUGCUGUCCGAGCCAUGGCAUCUCUCCACCAGUCAGACUCCUGUCCAGCAGGUGGAGCUGUUUGACAUGGUCAACCACCCAGAGUACAUCUCCUGUGGCGGAGGCUUUGGCCCGGUCAGUACCUCUCGGUCUCUCACUUUGUCUCCAAACACCUCUUUAAUUGCAUAACUUGGUGGAAUAACCGAAUGCUUACAACAUUAGUACAUCAUUUGUCAACGAGCAUAUCAGCUCAACUUGGAGAAAGAUUGUGUUUCCGUGCAGAAGCCUGCAUGCGCAAGACAUCGUGUUAUAGCAUAUGCCAACCUAUACUGUAGCUGUGUUGUGCUACAAAGCUGGGCUUCGAGAGAGCGAAGUAUGUGCUCGUCUUUCCUAGGUGGCAGACGAUGGUUACGGGGUGUCCUACAUCAUCAUUGGAGAGAACAUGAUCAACUUCCACAUCUCCUGCAAGCACUCCUGCCCACAGACUGUGAGUACCACUGAUCGGUCCACAGGGAGGUACUUUACACCACAUGUCCAAACCUAAACAAUGCCCUCAUUGUUUCAUUUCCUAAGCUAAUUGAGAUUUUGAGUUUGAUAACGGAUACAUAUUUUGGCUAAGCAAACAAUUCUUGGGACUCGUCUUUCUCUUGUUCAUUUAUUCUGUCUCUCUCAUGCUCUCUUAGGGCUCCCAAAAGUAUGGAGGUCAGAUCAGGCAGGCCCUGCUGGACCUGCUUCAGCUGCUCUGCCCAGACCAAAGAGAACCCUCUAGAACAGACCAGAGCCAGACCAAGAAGGACCUGUAGAUCUGGAGAGGAGAAACAGAAUCAAGGGGGAAGAGGAGGAAACGGGG